UUCUGCAUCACCGACAGUAGAGGAGAGACCACUGCACUGCGCUCUAAAGCCUACUGGACAUCUUUGAACAGACUUUUAGCAGACAGCAACAAUUUUUUUUUAUAUAUCUGAUGUGGUAUGGCUAAUGUUUCUCUGAUGGAUCUGGGAGUUCUACUUUUAAUUGGACUAGCAGCUGUCUUUGCAAAUGGUUCUUCAGCCCCCAGUAAAGAUGUUGUCGAGAGGGAAGAGUUGGAGACCACUGAGAUGAACUUGGUCCCCAGGUCAACCGCAGUGGGUGGGGCCAGCAGUGUGGGUGUGGCCAGCAGUGUGGGUGUGGCCAGUGGUGUAGGUGUGGCCAGCGCUGUAGGUGGGGCCAGCAGCAAUGGGUCCCGGAACAUCACUGAGGCGCGGCGUAGAGACAAGCGCUGCACAUGUUACAGCUACAGAGACAAGGAGUGUGUCUACUACUGUCACCUGGACAUCAUCUGGAUCAACACACCAGAGCGUACAGUGCCGUACGGUAUGUCCAGCUACAGAAGCUCCCAGCGUGUACGUCGCUCCAGUGAGAGAGGAGGAGGAGGA